AUGUCUGAACCCGAACGGCAGCCAUCUGCGUCGGAACCGUUCUUCGACGAUGACGACGCCGACGACGAUGACAACUUUCAACGGCCCGAGGCGGAACCGUCGAAGGACGGCGAGGACGGUGACGCCGCCGCCCACUGGCCCGCGCUACCUGCAGAACUGUUAGCCGAGGCGCCGAGGUGCAGGCCGCCUUCGCCAUGUUCAGCGACGGCAGCGGCCGGAUGA